AUACGGCUUACCAACUCUUGCUCAUCAUCAGAACCCGAAGGGACACACGCCGUAACACUCCAGACGCUACUUAUACUGCCCCAUCUUGCGUCCGGCGAUUGAACCCCCGAGUUUCUCGCCUGCCUUCCUGAGUUGAUCAUCGUUCCUCGAGCCCUCACUCGUCCGCUGUCUAUUUCACCGGAAACCCUGCACGGCUCAGCACCGCCAUGUCCAACCACCAGUCUGAUGAGCUUAAUCCUUCCAAUACCCAUCCAAUAGACACCAGGCAGCUCUCAGCGGCUCCGCACAGCCAAACCCAUCCCGCUGCUUCCUCAGAACCCUGGCAAGAUACCUCCAUGAUUGUACCCCCUGUCUCUUACUACGACCCGUCGGACACCUUAGAACACCAUCACCAGCAAGAUAUCUGGCAGCAAUGGGAUCAGGUCACAGGUUACCCCGGCGCAUCGGGCGUUAGCCCGUCUAAUUAUCAUCUGCAAGGACACAACUCCAUCGAUCCUCAGCAUCAAUACCCCGUCCCAACACAACCAUCGUACGACUCCUCUAAUCAACACCAUACACACGCAGCUUCCACCAAUAUGGCAUACCGCUUUGGCGUUCAGAACACCUACCAAAGCACUUAUCCUCAAUAUCAACAACCUCCGUCUGGCACAUCUGAGGCGGCGCAACGGUUUGAGGAGUACUAUCGACGCAGCGACCCUGUGCAAGUGCGUUCUCGUCAAAUCAACGCCCCGAUACAGCGCAUACAACCACCGUCUCAGCAACAUAUCGCCCAUAUCGUACCCCCUCGAGCGUUAGCUGUUUCUCAAAUUCAGCAUCAGCAUCAGCGUGCGGCCUCGUCUCAGGCGCAGAGAAACGAGGGUCAUCAGCGUUUCAUCGGCCCGGCGUCAUCGUUCACGUUUCAGCCCCCGCAGACCUCUUCUCACCCGAGCGCAGAUCAGUACUACCCGUCCGCAGAUCCGCUCCAGGCGCAGUCUCACGGUGGCGCUGAGGGAGGCUUCUAUUGGUCCCAGCAGGCUGUCCGAGCCAAGUCCAUCUCCCCUAGCGUCGGUGCGCCAGGAUCUGCCACUGCGUCGUCCUUCCCUGGAUCGGCGCCCGGCAGUAAUACGCACUCGCCACCCUCGUCCUACCCAAGUACCAACACGCCUACGUCUACAUCAACGACGACGACGGCGACAACGGACACAGCGUCGUCGGGCUCGCUCAGCGCCGCGCAGGGGCCGCCGCAGCGCGCAUCCGCGCCCGUGCCGAGCGAGUCGGGUUUCGUUAUGGGGCACGUCUCGCAUAGUAGCGCUGAUACGGUGCGGCCGACGCCGGCUGCGGCUGCUUCUACGGGGAGAUAUCCUCCUUCGGGAGCGAUGCGUCGACCAUCCAGUCAAACGGCUCAGCGUGCGAGGCGCAUUGCACCUACAUCCAAUGAAGCCGCGCAGGCUAGUGGUAGCGGCGCGCCCAAGCGCGGUAAAGCGGCUGCGGGUGGGAAUAGGACCAACAAGCGCCGUCGGGAAGCGAAAGCUGCGUGGGAUGAUGGAGAGGGGAGUGAUGGGAGCGACGAGGACGACGAUGAGGAGGACGAGAGGGAUGGGAAGAAGGGUGCAGAUACGAAGCGGUGCGUGGUCUCGUCAAAUUUUCCUCGUCUUUGUAUUUCAGUGCUGACGGGUAUGUUUGUCAUAUUUUCCAUCAACCCAUUGCAUAAAACUUGCUGGAUCGUCACGGUCUCAUUUGGGCUGGGCCGCGCUCUUGCUUCCGGGGAAUUCGGUCGUCCCUCUCCGCGUUCCAUCGAUUACGGACGCCAUCGCGCCGUUGACGCUUCUUCUUCCCUUCGCUUCUGGGACCUCGACCUCGGACCGGCGCCACUACCCCGCUCAUACUGUUUAUCCUAAACUUCCUUGGCUCCGGUGCUCGACACUCUUUUUCUUGCGGUUUUGAUACCCGCUGCCUCAUGGCUUCGGCUUCUGACGUCUUUCGGACAUUAUCCGCGGUAUGCAUGCUUUUGCUCCCCGUUUGUGAUCGGUUCAUCUACCCUUUCUUGCUGACCAUUAUGCUCCGGUGGUCUCGUCUCGCUAUCUUGCGGGUGUGCUACUGCCGACAAUCUAUCCAUGGUCAUUGAUGCGUCUUCCGUUACUUCUUCCAUUGGAUCCAUUGGAAUCCGGCACUGGUACGCUCCGGACUGCACGCGCUCCCGCCUGGCGACUUUUCACGGCUGCUGUUGAUUUCGCAUCUCUCAAUUGUCAUUCCGAACGUUGGACCUUUCCGCUCACCUCCGGUCUCUCGGCUUUGUUCUGUUGGCCCGGUUUACCGGCCUGCGCACCCUCGGCUAUUUCCGGCCCGCUCGGGCUCGCUUACCGCCUGGGCCUGCUGAACUCUGGCGCUCUGCGGCGA